CAAAAUUGACCCGAUACGUAUCUUCCUUGAAAAUCUUGAAUGUAUUUGUAACAAUCUUUGGUAUUCUUUAUUGUUGUUAAUAUUCAAUGAUAAUAUUAUCAUACUCAUUUUUUAUCGUAUUGACGACUACGAUAAUAUUAUAUUAUUAUUUAUACAACGAGGGAUAUUCAAUAGAUACACGUUGGCGUUUUAAUUAAUCGGAUGCUGGCUGUAAUUUCUGUUUGUUGUUAGAGAACAAGCGAACAUUGCCAAUAUGAACUUUCAGAACACCCCAAACAUCUAUGGCAUCGACUUGAACUCCGAUAAUAAUGAUGAUCCUAACAGGCAAACAUAUUCAAGUGAAUUUCAUCAAGGACCUAAUCAAGAUAGAAGGGAUGUUAUUAUCCCCCCAGAACUUCAAAUAGAAACACACUAUGACCGAAGUUUAACUGCAGCACAUAAGUAUUUGGGAGAUGGACUUCGUGAAGCUACUGGACGCACAAUAUAUGAAGAAGGCGUUUUUCAUUCAAUACCACUUAUUUUUUUAAAGUUAAAUUUGAUGCCUGGACAAAUUCUGCCUAUUAUAGCUCGUUCUUCAGAUGUUAAACUUGUAUUAAAAUAUGCCAUAUUCCGUAAUCGUUCAUUUGGAGUUUGCUACAAACUUAAUGAAAAUAAGCGGACAUUUGGAACAAUUGCUGAGGUUUAUGAACAUUCUGUAGAAAUAGAAACUUCUCAGUCAUUUCAAAUUAAAGCUAUGGGCCAUCAGCGAUUUGAAAUUAUACAAGUCAAUCAAUUUCCUGAAAGUCAUGAACAAUCACUUGCUUUGGCUACAAUCAAAAUCAUACCAGAUAUUACAUUAACUCAUCCAUAUAAUAAAUUGUGCUUACAUCCAAAGAAACGAAAUAUGAGCCAUGGUGAAAUGUGUCGUAAAAGAGACAUGUGGCAAACUCAGUGGCCAGAUUGGGUUUAUAAACAGUUUGAUGUCUAUGAAUUGGCAUCUCGCCUUUCCAAAAAAGUUAAAAUGUUAUAUAAAGAUGUUAAAAUCUCAGAUGACCCAAAUUUGUUAUCAUUUCAAGUGAUGAGACUUGGUAUAUUUAGUCAAGAACAAGUAAGCGAGUUGCUUGGUAUUGAGUCAACAAACCUACGACUUCAAUAUGAACUACAGUAUUGGAAUAAAAUUCAAUCAAUGCAAAAAUUCAUGUGUGCUCGAUCUGGGUGUAGUGCUCCAGUGUGCAAUAUGAGCAGUGUGUUUCCGAUGUCUCCUGAAGGACCACAGGGUACUUAUUGUAACUCUUGGGGGAAAAUCCAUGACAUGAUUACAGUAACUCAACUAGAUGAUGAUUUAGAUGUGAUAUCAGUAGGAAGUCCAUCAACUGAAUGCUGCUGGUUCCCUGGGUAUAAAUGGACAAUAAUUUUAUGCCCAAACUGUCACAACCAUUUGGGAUGGAGUUAUAUGGCUGAUGAGAAUUUGUCUCUAACACCGAGAUUAUUCUAUGGAUUAACUGUAAGCGCCAUAACUUCUAUUAAAGACUACUUAGUGCCAGGCAGAGAAAGACUCGAGGAAGUCAAUGAUGGAGAAAUGUUAGUAACAUUUUAAGAAAUCUUUUUAAUUGUCUUAUUAUGUCAUAUACAAGUAAAACGUAUGUUACUGGGCCAUAAAUAUAUAGCAUGUUUGCUGGUAUACAUACAUUUCAAAAUAUAAUUCAAGAAUGUUUAGUUUGUCAAAGUAAAAUUUAGGUUUAGUUUUAAAUAUUUUACUCAUUCAUUGAAUCUUAGGUAUUUUUGAGUUAUUGUUUCAUAAUUUAUUUCAUUAAAACAACUAAUAUAUCAUAAUAUUGUAUAUUAGUAAAAUAAAAAUUUUUUUGAAAAAAUAAGAAAUUAUUAAAAUUAAGAUUUUCUCUAUAAAUAACAUUAUUUAUCCAUUAAACAUUUUUUAUUACUUUAAUCAAUGUAUUGUUUAUAUUUGCAAAUACUUUUGUAUGAUAGUAUUUUGUAUAAAAAUUAUUAUUAAGUACACCUAUUGAUGAAAUUAUUGAUAAUACAGAAUUCAUACUACUUAUGUCCAAAAAAUGUAAUAUUUGAACAUAAAUUAUGAUAUGUUGCUAUAAUUAUUUACAAUAUUACAACAAGCAAGCUAUUCCUGUAUGUUCAAAAAUAUGUAUUUAACAUACAAGUAACUAAAAUAUUAUUUAAAAAAUUUUAAAUAUAAUAUACAUGAUAUUAUAAUUUAUAAUACUAACAACUCAACUGUAAUCAUGUAAAGAAAGAUUGUGUCAAUACUUUGUUGUAUUAUAAAUCCAAUCAUAAUUUAUAAUGUUACUAAAAUAAAAUAAUGUACCUACUAUAAUUUAACUUUGGUAUAAUUCAAUAAAAACAAUGAUUGUACAAAAA